GGUGAAGUAAUAAUAAAACAUAAGGUGAAGGCUAAAUCUAAACCAUUUGUUAUUCUGCAGUGCAUUGAGGUGGUAAGACCAGGAAUAUAAAACUAGCAGCAUCUGGCAAAAAUGAAACUUUAUGAAACUCUUUUGCUUUUGAACAUUUUGAUUUGCUUACAAAACUUCUAUGUCAAGUGUCAAGUAAUUAUCUUCCAGAUCCAGAUAUGAAAUGUGACCAGCCUCCUCGUGUACCUAGUGGAGACUUCAUUGAAUUCUGGAAAACUACAUAUGAUCACGGUGAGACACGAACGUUUGAAUGCCAGGAUUAUUAUAUCUUGGAAGGGCCAAAUGUUGUUCAAUGCAUCGAGGGGCAAUGGACCCCAACUCCCACAUGUCGUGAACCAUGUGUUGUCAGUCUAAAGAUUUUUCAAACAAACAAAAUUAACUUAAAAUCCCAAAACAAUACAAAAUUGUAUGUCAGACAUGGCGAAUAUUUAGAAUUUAUAUGUUCUGCCGGACACAGUAUUGAAACUGGGGUUUCUCUAAAACAAUAUUGCUUCAAUGGACAUAUGACCUUUCCCACAUGUUACAGGGAUCGUGAAACAGAAGACUGCUUUCCAUUACAAUACUUGAAAUGCCCCAAUUGUGCAGGCAGUAUAAUCUGUGUUCAAUAUCAAUGGGACGUCAUAUCAGUAUCAAAACCAGAUGCCGCCACUCUGGUGUUAACAGCAGAAACAGGGCAACGACCUGCUUUAUUCACUGUGAUGGGCAAAAGUGAACAGCUCACAUUUAAUGUUACAUUUAGUGGAAAUUUCAGCAUUCAAUUUAAUGACAUAACUCGUAUGUAAUGAAAACAAUGGAAAUCUAGACAGGAGAAAAAAAGAGCAUUACUACCCCCAGAAAGAGAUCCGCCAAUCAACUAAGAACCGGGUUCCUGCUUACUGCAAGACGUAUGUAGAGUAAGAAAACUUGCCUAAUAUUUUGCUCCAUCCAGCAUGCUCACCACUACCCUGAGGGACUCCGAAUAAAACAUUGUCAAUUUAUACAUUAUUUGCUAUAGAAGUAAAAGAUUAAUUUAAAUGAAUAUUCUAAUAUACUAUUAAAAAACUUAAUUAUUAUACAAUUCAUUAGACACAUUUGUGGCACCACAAAUACUUCUUGGUUUGUUACUCUCAAGAAUGACUGUAUGUUAACAUCUGUAGUUUAUUACAAUCAACAAAUGAUAUUUUUGAAUAAAGAUACUAAAUGUAAGUUUUAAAUGGGAA